AUGUUUGCUGAGUACACUGAUGCAGUCUGGGUGAAUGUUACAGAGAGUCCAAAGGCUAUUGUGAUCCUGCAGCCUGAUAAACAGACAUUCAGAGGAGAGACUGUCACUCUCAGAUGUCAAAUACAGGGAGAGAGAGACACUGACUGGGAAUACAGCUGGUAUAAGAAGAGUUCUUCACUCAGUCCUGUCAGUAAAGAUCAGGAAUACAGAAUCAGUCCUGUUUCUGAGUCCCACAGUGGUGAAUACACCUGUAGAGGAAAACGCAGAAGAGACUCACAGAGCUCAGAGAUUAGUGAUGCUGUAACUCUGACCGUGUCAUUUGGAUCAAAACCAAAACCUCAACUCAUCUCCAGUCUUAAAGGAGCAGUACUGAGAGGAAACACAGUUAUUCUGAGCUGUAAACUGGACCAGUCCACAGGAUGGGUGUUUUACUGGUACACACACACACAGGAUUCUUCAGCACUGACACAGACUGAUACAGACUCCUACACAAUCAGUUCUGUUAAAGACUCUGAUGGAGGACAGUACUGGUGCAGAGCUGGAAGAGGAAACCCAGUCUACUACACACAAUACAGUGAUGCAGUCUGGGUAAAUGUUACAGAGGUUCCAAAUCCUGUCGUGAUCCUGCAGCCUGAUAAACAGACAUUCAGAGGAGAGACUGUCACUCUUAGAUGUCAAAUACAGGGAGAGAGAGACACUGACUGGGAAUACAGCUGGUAUAAGAAGAGUUCUUCACUCAGUCCUGUCAGUAAAGAUCAGGAAUACACAAUCAGUACUGUUUAUGAGUCCCACAGUGGUGAAUACACCUGUAGAGGGAAACGCAGAGGAGACUCACAGAACUCAGAGAUGAGUGAUGCUGUAACACUGACUGUGUCAUCAGGUGAGUCUCUGUCUCCUCCAGCCUCUCUGAUCAUCAGUCCCAACACAACUCAACACUUUACAUCUGAUUCUCUCUCACUGAGCUGUGAGGUACAGAGUAACUCUACUGGAUGGACAGUGAGACGAUACACAGAUAAUGGAGAGGUGUCAGACUGUUCAUCAGACUGGGGAUCAGUAACAGGAUCUACAUGUAGCAUCAGCUCCCUCCAGUCAUCAGACAGUGGAGUGUACUGGUGUCAGUUUGACUCUGGAGGGAACAGUAAUCCUUUCAACAUUACAGUGACAUAUGGUGAUGUGAUCCUGGAGAGUCCUGUCCAUCCUGUUACUGAGGGAGAUACUUUGACUCUGCGCUGUAGAUAUCGAAAUGACCCCUCAGACCUCAGAGCUGAUUUCUAUAAAGAUGGAUUAGUCCUCCAGAAUCAGACUACAGGAGAGAUGAUCAUCCCUACUGUCUCAAAGUCAGAUGAAGGUCUCUAUUGGUGUAAACACCCAGAGAGAGGAGAGUCACCAAAGAGCUGGAUCACUGUCAAAAGUUGUUGCUUUUACAAAAAUCUCUUAGGCAAAAAAAAGAACAGUUCCAGUCAGACCUCAAACCAGGAUCAGAGCCAGACAGAAGAUGAAGUGGACAUUGAGUCAGGAAGAACUCCUCACAGCCAUGAAACUAUCGUGACUCCAUGUGAAGGCAGCAGAGAUGAUGCUGAGAAUGAUGCGAUAUACUCUAAUAUUGAGUUGAAAAACAUGCAAUUCUGGAACAAAGACUCAGUAGCUGAACCCGGUUAUGUGACUCUGGGUCUGACCGCGGCUCCAGUCUCGGUUCCUGUUGCCUCUGAAGCCCAAGGCCCUACUCCCAUCACUGCAGAGGCUCCAGUCCCCGAACCAGCAGCGGCAUCUGAGGCUGCCGAUCCAGUCCCAGUCACCACGGAGGCUUCAGUUCCAGUUCCAGUUCCAGUUCCUGUUCCUGUUCCUUCAGCACUGGGUUCUGCAUCAGCUCCUUAG